AAAGAGAGAGCUGAGGAGUGCAGUGCUAGUUUUUGCAAGCGGAGCAAAUGUGGAUUCAUCGGCCUCUGCUCACCAAGGCCAUACACCUCCGGUUCCUCUCCCAAGCAGCAGCAGCAGCAGCAGCUCUUCGCGAACCCGAAGUCCCACUCACAUACCUCGAAGGCUUCCCCAAACCAGACCCCAAACACGACGAGACGAUACUUGCUAUCCCUCGGGCUACGUCCGGUAAAAGUAUAGCGGCGAAGGAGAGGAAGGCUGGUCGGGUGCCCAGCAUCGUGUUCGAGCAAGAAGAUGGCCAGCACGGUGGGAAUAAGAGACUCAUCUCUGUGCAGACCAAUCAGAUCAGGAAACUCGUCAAUCAUCUCGGCCGAUCCUUCUUCCUCUCCAGGCUCUUUGAUCUCGAGGUUAGACCAACGUUCGACUCCAACGAAAACAUUGAGAAAGUCCGCGUCUUACCUCGAUGGAUUCAUCUCCAUGCAGGCACAGAUGCAGUGCUGAAUGUUACGUUUCUAAGAGCCCCAUCUCAUGCUUUAUUGAAGGUUGAUGUUCCUCUUGUGUUCAGAGGAGAAGAUGUAUCCCCUGGAUUAAGAAAAGGAGCUUAUUUGAAUACCAUAAAGAGGACUGUUCCAUACCUUUGCCCUGCUGAUAUUGUCCCACCAUUUAUUGACGUUGAUUUAAGUGAGUUGGAUGCGGGCCAAAAGUUGGUAAUGGCUGAUCUCAACGUUCAUCCGGCACUUCGGCUUCUUAAAUCCAAGGAUGAACCUGUUUGUAAGAUUAUGGGGGCGAGGGUCUCUGAGCUACAGAAGAAGUCUAAAUGAGGGCCUUGUUGAACUAGUGAAUCUAUUAUUUCAAAGCCUGUCACCAUCUUUGAUUUCAGGAAAUUUUGAGCUCAUCCAUUCUUUUUGGUCUUAUUACGCAGAAGUUUCUUUCAUUGAAACCUUGCACCUGUCCUUGUGUUAACAGCAACCAGUGGUUGUAGUUGACGGCACUUGCACCAAGGCAUGAAGCUGAUGUUCUGGUGAGUUAAUACAAUGUAUGCAUUCUAGAAAUGACAAAGGUACAUGGAUCAGUGUGGCUAAGUUCUUCACUUUAGGCAUUUCAUUGUUAGUAGCCAGACUUUUGCGAACUAUUCAUUGGUUUGAAUAAGGACAUACCUUGUGAAAUCAUAG